AUGUUGAACAUGUAUUUGAGACGUUCAGUCGCGCUGGUGCGCUCUCUGAGAAUGUAUUCCACCGAGGGAGCGUCUGGCAUCGAUGAGCAGUUGCUUGAUGAACUGAGGGCUAUACCACAAGAAUUGAAUAAUACUGCAAAGUCGAAGCUUCCAAAGGAGAACAACCAAGCCAGAAGCUCAAAUCAGAGCCCAAACAAGCCACGCAUUUCCAGAGAAAAGCGUUCGCAAGGAAAGAAACCAAGAGCACAGUAUUCAUCGUCCAAACCUAGGUCUCCUCGUGGCCCCCGGAAGGGAAAACAGCAAAGCGACGAUGCCCUUGAGAAUCAAGAUAUGAAACCUUAUGUUGACGCAACUAUGAGGGCGUUUGACGAAUUACCAUUGAAGACUCUCAGAAGCCAGAACAUUCAACCUGACAUGUCCCACUGGGAAAACAUCGUGAGAAGACUCGAAAAGGCUACCGAACAAAGGGACAAGCUUAAGAAAUGUGAGCUCCCAGAGGUCAAAUUACAUGACCUAAAAUCUCUUGGGGUUAUCGACUCCAGUGUUGAUAGCAAAGAGUUGAAAACCACCUGGGAAGCUACCGAUGCAAUCAAUGAUAUCAAGAAUUUCGUUAAGAGCAUCAGCUAUUUCGAGCCUCAAGAUCCACUGCAAUAUAAAAUUAAGGAACCAUCACCUGGAGAGCUAGAACUAAACAAAUCCCAGAUGGCUUUCAGUCUUAGAUCCAGAAUGUUGCGCGCAAUUUCCAAAUUCUCAGAACAGCACGGCCUGGCUUUGAAUUCUACAAAUCUUGGCCAAUCCCAACUUCAUGGAAUGAACAAAUUGUACCCAUUCGCCAACCCAAAUAUACCUAAGGCUGGAUUCAACAAGGUUUCUGACAUCAAAUCCCUUUCGAAAUCAUCCGGAUCCGAUUUCAAGAACAUCGUGGACACCACGGUAAGGGGUAUAAGGCCGGAACUCAAAUUCUACAAAACAGGCCAGUUUAAGACGGAGCAGUCACGCGUGAACGCGGAAGUAGUGUCUCAUGCCCUGAACUCAAACGCUCAGCUUCAAGUUGAUAACAUGCAUGUUUCAAUAGGAAGAACUCUUGUUGGAAAAGGAAAGCUUGCAGACCUUCCGCAACCGCUUCCCUCCUCAGAAUAA